AAAGAACAACAAUCGGAGGUAAUGGAAAAGUUUAUAUUGCCAUUCUGCGUUGCUGCUUUCGCUGCAUUUCUGUAUCUAUAUUCUACGGGUGAACAUGAAAAGAACGACGACUUUCCGAAACGAUUGAACAAGGCUUAUGACUAUAUAAUCGUUGGAGCUGGUUCGGCUGGGUCCGUGCUGGCCUCACGUUUAUCAGAAAACAGUGAUAAGGAAAUCCUACUACUGGAGGCUGGGGGCUCUGAUGAAGCCAAUCCUAGCAUUAUGGUUCCUGGAGAAGCUGAACAGCUUUGGGAGUCAGAACAGGACUGGAUGUAUGUCACUGAGCCACAGAAAGAUGCAUGCCUUGCUCUGAAAGAACAGCGGUCAUACUGGCCUCGCGGAAAGGUUCUGGGAGGAUCCAGCGCUCUGAACUUUUUACAAUUUGUUCGAUGUAAUCGUCAUGAUUACGACAGCUGGGCUGAAGAAGGUUGUGAGGGUUGGAGCUACAAAGAUGUCCUCCCGUACUUCAUUAAAUCAGAAAAUAUCCAGAUUGAGGAGUUGAAGACAUCGGACUACCAUGGAAAGGAUGGCCCAAUACCGAUAACUCAACCAAUAAAUACACCAAUGCAGCAACUGUACAUGGAUGCGGGUGUUGAGUUGGGUUACAAUAUCACAGAUUGUAACGGAGAGGACCAGAUAGGAUUUUGCUGGACGCAGUCAAAUGUGAAAAAUGGUGAGCGAUGGAGUAACUUCAGAGCAUUUGUACAACCCCAUCUUGGUAGGAAAAACCUACACAUUAGUCCUUCCACAGUCACUACCAAGAUCAUCAUUGAGAACAAAAGAGCGAUAGGUGUUGAGUGUAUUAGAAAUGGAAGAAAAGUUCGACUGUUUGCCAGGAAGGAAGUGAUUUUGUCUGCUGGCACCAUGAACUCUCCGCACCUACUAAUGUUGUCUGGUGUAGGGCCAAAAGAACACCUACACAAAUACGGGAUCGAAGUACAAGCAGAUUUGCCUGUUGGAAAUAACCUACAAGAGCAUUUUGUAGUUCCCUUGACCUUCAACAUAAAUACAACUGAUUCCGUAACACUGACAGACAUGACGUCAUGGUGGACCCGAAUGCAGUAUAACUUUCUCGGAACAGGUUAUCUGUCAGCUUCGCUCUACGAAGGAAUGGCGUUUUUAUAUACUGACUUCGGCAAAAAGAAAGACGCUGGAAGAACCCCCGAUUUUCAGUUACAUUUUCAUACCACACAUAUCUUCACGCCAAGUAUGAAGAGUGUAGUGAAAAUGAAUUUCAAACAGGAGGUAGCUGAUAGAAUUUUUACAGCGAGAGAGGACGUUGAAUCAAUUUCAAUUUAUCCAGUUCUGUUACACCCUAAGAGUAGAGGGACAAUCCGAUUGCAGAGUACUGACCCUUUUGAAUAUCCCGCAAUUGACCCCCAGUUUCUUCAACACCCAGAUGAUAUCAAAACGGCUAUUGAAAUGAUCCGCUUUGUGGAGAGGCUGGUGGACACGAGUACACUGCGAUCUAUUGGUAUGGAUGUCAACAGUAAGUCGCCACUUCAUCAGCUGUGUAAACAGCAUAAGUUCCGGUCUGAUGCAUUUUGGGCAUGCUACAUUCGCCACUACACAAUGAGCCUUGCCCAUGCAACAUCUACAUGCAGAAUGGGUUCCGUUGACGACAAGACAGCUGUAGUAGAUCCACUGUUGAGAGUCAAAGGAAUAUCCGGUCUACGUGUUGUGGACGCCUCUGUGAUGAGAAACUUACCAGGAGGCAAUACAAACGCUCCAGUGACAAUGAUUGCUGAGAAAGCUGCAGAUAUCAUUCGUCAAAGCUAAAUAUGUGACCUCCAAUACUCACAAAUGUUCCACGCGAUGAGGAGUUGAUGUACAUUAUUUGAAUUAUGUACGUGUACACCAAGAAA